UGCAAAUAGUAACACCAUUCAAUAAACUCACGUGAAUAUUAAUUCUUCUUUAAUUUUUCUUCAACAAGAAGCGAUAAUUAUUAAUUCUAACUAAUUAAUUAUUAUUAAUAAUAAUGUCUAAAUAAAAUACAGGGUGUUUCAAAAAUAUAUUAUUAAAUUUAGUGACAAGUACGGGAAACGCUGAUAAUUCGAACAUAAAGAACAUGAAAAAAGAGAGCAUCGCGUCUGUAAAUAAAAAUAGUUGGAGAUAUAUAGACAUAGAGCAACGACAUGAAUUACGCCGUUGAAGUUGAAGGACAGAGAUAUUCAAGAGAAUGGAAAGACGAGAAGAAAUCAGACCAAGACGACAGAGAUAAAAAAAGUGACAGGAGUCGUGAAAAUAGUCCGCGAUACAAACGCAAGUUUAGAGAAACUCCUCCUGAUCCAUCAAGACCAACAAACACAUCCAAGGAAAGAGACAGAAGCCGGGAAAAUAGUCCUAGAUUUCAACGCAAGUUUAGAGAAACUCCUGAUUUAUUGAGACCAGCAAACAGAUCCAAGGAAAGAGACAGAAGCCGGGAAAAUAGUCCUAAAUUUCAACGCCGAUCUCAAAGAAGUCCAGAAGACUAUAGACCUACAAAAAGAUACAGAAGUCGUGAGAAUAGUCCUAGAUACCGACGCCGCUCUCGGGAAUCUUCAGAGGAUUCAAGAUCUAGAAAAAGAAACAGGAGUCAUAAUAAUAGUCCUAGAAAUCAACGCCGCUUUCGAAAAAGUCCAGAAAACUCUAGACCUUCAAGAAGAUGCAGGUGUCGUGAAAAUAGUCCUAGAGAUCAACGCCGCUUUCGAAGAAGUCCAGAAGACUCUAGACCUAGAAAAAGAUACAGGAGUCGUGAUAGUAGUCCUAGAUAUCGACACCGCUCAAGGGAAAGUUCGGAGGGUUCAAUAUCUAGAAGAAGAUACAGGAGUCGUGAGAAUAGUCCUAGAUAUCGACGCCGCUCUAGGGAAAGUUCGGAGGGUUCAAGAUCUAGAAGAAGAUACAAAGAAUUUCGAACGGUAGCUAUUCAAACCGACAUCACAGCACUACAACAGAAUCAACAAGCUUUGGAGACAUUGUUCCAACAUCAAGGUAACGUGAUUCCGUACGUUGGAGGUAACAUAGUUCCACCAGUCAGAGGUAACAUGGUUCCACCAGUCAGAUGUAACAUGGUUCCACCAGUUAGAUGUAACAUGGUUCCACCAUUUAGAGGUAACAUAGUUCCACCAAUUGGAGGUAACAUGGUUCCACCAAUUGGAGGUAACAUGGUUCCACCAAUUGGAGGUAAUAUGGUUCCACCAGUUAGAGGUAACAUGGUUCCACCAGUUGGAAAUAACAUGGUUCGACCAGUUAGAUGUAACAUGGUUCCACCAGUUAGAUGUAACAUGGUUCCACCAGUCAGAUGUAACAUAGUUCCACCAGUCAGAUGUAACAUGAUUCCACCAAUUGGAAAUAACGUGGUUCCACCAGUUGGAGGUAACGUGGUUCCACCCGUUGAACCUAGUCCAUGUCAACCGGAAAAAGUAAAAAUACCCUUGGAUAGCGAAACUCUGCCAGUCCUCCCUUGCUUAACUAGAAACCAAAAGCGGCAACAGAAUCGCAGAAAUUGCUUACUUAGGAUCCUAAGUUCUGGUGUUCAGUUCGACGAACAGAGGAUACUUAAACUUUGGAAGAAGGCGGCUACCAGCGAAGAGUAUAAGUUGUUUAAUAGCCAUUUAGAACGACUCAGAAAAGAAAGAGAUUCUGCUUUAGGACUAGUGAAUCCUUCAUCACACCUAGGAGCAUUUUUAAAUCAAAUGUAUUGAUGUAAAUAAGUGUAAAAUAUAUAAAACACUGAAGUUUAAUAAA